CCCGAUUGUGUCCAUUGUGUUGUUCCUUUAGUACGGCGAACACCACACAGAAGCUUCAUUGCUUAUCCUCAAGCUUGCUGAAAUAUACAGCCGAACAAUGGCGACAACCACUAAGGAUGAAGGCGCACCGGCGUCUCACAAUGCCUAUAGAAGAAAUGUGAUCGAGGAUGACUCCAACAUCUAUCCUCCGCAUCAUGGCAUGUCGGCUAGGGAGUACUUGGCCACACGUAUCUCGACUUUGAAGCCUCCUAUGACGAAGGCGCCCAACCCGAUUAGCCUCAUUAGGAUGUUGAAUCGUCACCAAUGGGCUUUCUUUGGAGUCGCAUUCUGGGCUUGGACAUGGGAUUCUUUCGAUUUCUUCACCGUAUCGCUUACUGUCGACAAUUUGUCUGAGACAUUCGGUAAAUCCAACACGGACAUCACUUGGGGAAUUACACUCGUUUUGAUGUUCCGAUCCGUCGGCUCCGUUCUCUUCGGUAUCGCAGCUGAUCGCUAUGGUCGGAAAUGGCCCUUCAUCGUCAAUAACAUUCUCUUCAUCAUACUUGAAUUGGGAACCGGUUUCUGCCAGACUUACGGUCAAUUUCUGGCAUGUCGUGCGCUUUUCGGAAUCGCUAUGGGUGGUCUUUAUGGAAACGCCGCCGCAACGGCUCUUGAAGAUCUUCCCAACGAGGCGAGAGGUUUGUUGAGUGGUUUGCUCCAACAAGGCUACGCAUUCGGCUACCUCCUCGCUGCCGCCUUUUCUCGCGCUCUCGUCGAUACUACCUCUCACGAAUGGCGUCCCUUGUUCUGGUUCGGUGCUGGGCCACCAGUACUUUUCAUCCUCUGGCGUCUCAUUUUGCCCGAAACCGACACGUACCUACAACACCAGGAAAUGCGACGUGUUAACGGAAGCAUUGGCAAGACCUUCUUGACCGAGGGCAAGAUCGCUCUCAAGCACCACUGGUUACUGCUUGUCUACCUCGUCCUUCUUAUGGCUGGUUUCAACUUCAUGUCUCACGGAUCUCAGGAUCUGUACCCGACAAUGUUGAAGAACCAGUUCAAUUUCAAUGCCGACCAAGUUACUGUAACUCAAGUUGUCGCGAAUUUAGGUGCCAUGGUCGGAGGUACCGCCGUAGGUUUCUGCUCGCAAAUAUUUGGCCGUCGUCUUAGCAUUAUCGUCAUGUGCAUCAUCGGCGGUGCAUUAUUGUACCCAUACACUUUCGUUUCCAACGAAAGGAUCAUCGCCGCCGCCUUUUUCGAACAAUUCUGCGUUCAGGGUGCCUGGGGUGUUAUUCCCGUGCAUCUAAUGGAAUUAUCCCCUGGUGCAUUCCGAACCUUCGUAGUCGGUACCAGUUACCAACUCGGUAAUCUCGUCUCGUCUGCUAGCUCGACGAUCGAAGCAACCAUCGGAGAGCGGUUCCCCCUCUCACCCAAGGGCGAAACGAAGCGAUACAACUACGGCAUCGUUAUCUGCAUCUUCAUGGGUUGCGUGUACGCAUACGUGAUUGUCCUAACUCUUCUAGGACCCGAACAUCUGAACAGAAAUAUGGAUGUCGGUCACGAUGCGGAUGCGGUCGAGGCUGCGGGUAUAGACACGGUUACCAAGGCGGUAGAACACGCUGUGCCGGGGCGCGACGCUUCUGCUAGUGAGGAUGGUGAUGCGGAGAAAGGGACCGCUACCCACGCUUCCUAGAUUUUGAUUAGCAACGGUUGAGUCGAGUUUGAGAGGCGAGGUUUGAAGCCGAGCAGCGACAAGCGACUGUCGAAGAAGCCGCAAGGUGACUACGUUGAGGAAUCACCAACGAAGUCCCCUCAUCCAUACCUCUGAUGUCGCUGAUGAGAGAUGAUAGACACCUUUUUAUUCUUUCUAAAUAGGUUUUUGAUUACCCUGAAUUAUAAGGUCGCAUAGCUUUAUGUAUCCCAUACGGGCAAAUGGGAGGAUAGGAAAUUCAGUUGAUACCACAGCCAAAUAACAUAGGAUGGCAACAGCGCAAGUCCUCGUUUUUGGCUACGUCCUAACGAUGACGAUCAAUUAAGAUAUUUUGAAUAAGGAGGAAAACAUUUUCAAUUUCAUCAGUCCACAAGAACAUGACCUUUACCAUCCCAGAGGUAGAAAACCCCUCUUUGUAUGUUUUUUCGAUGUGCUACAAGUGGAUCAGAACAACAUCCGAUCAUUUACACUAUGCGAGACAGGGUCGCAUAUGCGAU